GAGGAACCACCCCUUCAAGGCCGCGGGGUUUGGUUGCACACAGGCUGCAGUUUCAGUUUGUUUUAUUCACCAUUUUGAGUAGCUGAAGGUAAAAAAAAAAAAUUAAGAAUAUUUGCUUGAGGAGGAAAGGUCGCUGCCCUACUUUUAUUUUCACGCACCAGCUCGGACGGUGGACUUGUGCGUCAACCUAGCUCCCCUUCGGUGCUUUGCAGAGCGGGAAUCUAUAUUUCUUUUUUUUUUUUCUCCCCCUGUGCUUUUUCUCUUCUCUUCCCUCCCCCCUCCCCUUUUUCUUACAUCCGUAACCUCUACAGUAUUCCUGCAAAAUGUCAAGACCAGUGAGGAACAGGAAGGUGGUGAACUACUCGCAAUUCAACGAGUCGGAUGCAGAUGAGGAGUACGGUGACAGUAAGCCUAAGAAGGUGCGCGCCACAGCCCCUCGUGAGCCCAAGCACAAGCGCUCAAAGAACUCACAGGAUGACAGUGAGGAGUCUGAUGACAAGCCAACAAAACCCAAAAAUGAUUCAGCAGAUGACUUUGGCAGCGAGGAAGAGGACAAUGACUUUGGAGAGGAGGAAGAAGAAGAUGGAGGAAGUGACUAUGAAGAGAAAAGAGGGAAGAAAGCAAAGAAAGCCAAGGUGGAGAAGCCCAGCAAGAGGGGGCCCAAAAGAAAACGGGCUGCAGAAGACAGCGAUGAUGAAAAGGAAGUGAGUCGAAAGCGUACAGUGCGUCAGGCCGCCUCCAAGGCCGUGUCCAAACAGAGGGAGAUCCUGCUGGGUGACGGAGGCAGCGAGGACGAGGAGCAUGAAGACCAAGAGGAAACUUAUGCUGACCCUGACGAGUCCGGCAGCGAUGAGGACUUCAUGGUGGAGGAUGAUGAUGACAGCGACUACGGUCGCUCCAAGAAGAGAGGCAAGAAGGUGAUUCGACGGGGACGGCCGGACAAGAAGGAGAAAAAGAGCCCCAAACCCCGACUAAAGGCCACAGUAACCCCCAGCCCAAUGAAAGGAAAGGGGAAGGGGCGCCCCAGUGCUGCCAAGGCCCUGGAGAAGAGCUCACCCAAAGAGGAGGAGGACGAGGAGCCAGAGAGUCCCCUGGAGGAAGAGGAGGAGGAGGCCGAGAAGAAGGAGACAUCCCCCGCCCCCAAGACGACAAAGGAGGCUGGAGGCGGCGAUGAGGAGGAGGAGGAGGAAGAGGAGGAGGACGGCUCAGAAGAGGAGGCACCGUCUGGAGAAGACUAGAAGAUGGUACCCACUGAAGCCCAUCCUCUGUCUCUCUCUCUCUCUCUCUCUCUCUCUCUCUGUCUCUUCUCAAUGUUUUUAUUUUCUUCUGUUGCUCCACGUUCGAGGUUUUUUAUCCCCGUUUUAUUUUAUUUUUUUUCUCCUGGUGGCCUGGCUCAAUGGUUUGGACUUGGUGUGCUUCUUCUUGGUCUGCUUCACCCCUCUCCAACCAAGACAUUGUUCUCACGCGAUCAAACAGUGUCAGUGAGGAUUGUUGUUUUCCUUUUUCAACACCUGAGUCUCAGCAUUCAGCCGUACCCAGCCUCCUUUAUUUUUUUUUUUCCAUCAUCUCCAUUCUGCAUCAUACUGUUAAACCUUUCCACAAGCUCAGAGCUCGCAAACAUCCAUCCUGAUGGUGAUCAAACCAGUUCACUUUUUGCUUUCUCUUUUUCCUCCUGUGAUAAUUGAGACAACUGCCAGACUAAUAUUCUCCUGUUUUAUUUUCCUGACGACUACUGAGAGAAUUGUCCAGAGCGCCUCAGUAUCAGUAACGACAGCGCUGUAAACAUAAAGCGACAUGAACACACACACACACACGGCUUCAGCCUUCACCCUCUCUUUGGUACUUUAUGCUUUUAAACCAACAUCAUUUUUUAACAGGGUGACAUUAGUUAGAUAACUGUUUGAAAUCGCUUCUUUCAGAUAAAACAAUGUCUUUUUAUUUAGUUUUUUUUUUUUUUUUUUUAAGCUCUCCCUGAUUGUUUCAUCUUUGUUCCCUGAACUGGUAUAUUGUGGCUUCGUGGAGAAUUAAAUAAAGCGUGUUAUUUUAAAAGGUAAUCCACUAGUAGCUGCUGCUUCGUAGGUCAGUUUGUAAACUUAAAGGUGCGGUCUGUAGAUUGUCUGAGUGGCGGUGGCUCACACCUGAGUGCUCAUUACAAUUUGAACCGCCACUAUCACACCUUUAACAGCCGGCUUGUGUGUUUUUAUUUGACUUGUUUAAAUGUAUAUGCUUCAAGUAGGGGUACAUCCUGUAAGAGGGCUUGUUUUUUUUUUUCCUUCUCAGCCAAUCCGCUGCUUAUGUAAAACAGUUCCUGUUGUCAUAUGUUGGGCUGAAGCACCACUCUUCAUGACACUUUUUCUUUUUUUUUUUAACACACAAUCCCCGCCUCCCUGCAUGGCUGCUUCUGAACAUUCAAUCCCUUGUGCCAGGCACCCCUAAAUUUGUCCUUUUUUUUUUUUGUUUGUUUUUGAUUUUGAAGAAAUGCAAGAAGAGAUGUUUCUUUUUCUUUCUUUUUUUUUUUCUGUCGAGAGUUAAGAAAAUGAAUGUUGUUUUUUCUCCUGUUGGUUCAUUGUUUUAAUUCUCUAUUCAGAUUUUUUUGUAAUGUUUGUUUUUUAAGAAAAGAAAUAAAAUGUAUCUUGAUUUUAAAGAAAAAACGUUGACCCUAUCCAAUCUGUUCUGCCGGAUGGUCGGACCAGCCGUCCCCCCACUCUUCUGUCCUUUCAUUCAUUUCCUCUCCGUCCCUCUCCCGGCCCCAUCAGCUUCACGGUUACUGUUGAUAUCCAUCCAUCUGUUUCUUGGAGCUUUCUGUUCAUCCAUUACUGUUUCACAACAGAUACGUUGGAUUAAAGAGAGAUGAAGCUCUGAUGCUCAGAAACGAGUUGACAAAAGAAACAAAGUGGGCAGCUCGGUAAAUAAGCAGCAUUCAUUUGUCUUUAAAGCCUUAAUUUUUGAGUUCAGCUUCAGUAGUGGUUUUGGAAACGUCGUUGGAGGCCCGAGAAUGUAUCCUGUCCUCAUGUUUUAGAUAUUUGCUGCGAGCAGCAGAGUAGACUUAACACAAGUCAACAAUUUGUACGAUCAGCAGAACAUCCAAAGCCAUAAACGAUCUCAAAACUAGUGACUCAGACAUCAGGUGCAGCACUUGUGAGAUUGUCCUUUUUUGCAAAGAGUAGUAUUUUGAUGUCAAAUAAAAAAAAAAAAACAUAAAAGGAAGAAAAGGGUUGCUAUUGUGAUCUUGGGGAUAUUAUUCUAAGGUGUUGGUCAGGAUAAAGACGAGAUCUGAUCCGUCCCAAGGCUGCAGUGCAAAUCAGUCCUGGAUGUGAACAGGACACAGUGGAACCUGUACUUGGUUCAGAAGCACAUUGAGUUGUUUUACAAAUGUCCUUAAUAGCAGGUUAGUUUUUCUACCUUCAGAUCCUGAAUUGGCAACCAAUCCUCCCAGUCAUUUUAAGAUGAUUGAAUAUAAAUAAGGGGGUAAAAAGUGUGUUUCUACUAACCUUCAGUUCAGAGAACUUUGAAUGCAGUAGUAUUAAAAAAAAGUGUCCUGUAGUUCACAGCAUGGAGGGCUUGAACGAGGGUCCUCUCCAUCAUCUCACAGGAGGCACAUGGCAUUGUGGAUUUCUCCUCUUAACAUCCAUCCUUCAAACUCUUCAGUUGUACUGUUUUUUGAUGUGUGUUUUUUUUCUAUCUACCUUCAGUUGUACUGGCCAUGUAAAUGUAAGCCAAGUUGUGAUUUUACAGGAGACCAAGAGGAGAAGCUUUUGUCAGUAGUGUGAAAAAGGAACGCUGAACUCUUGAACCUUUUGCAUGUUGUGGAAAAGAAGUGCGAAGCAAUGAUGAUGAUGAUGAUGAAAUGAUGCUGGUGAUGGCAAUAUUGUGGUCUAACAAAAAAAAGUAUUAACAACAAUGAUGUUGAUAAUGUUUUGGUUUCCCAGCUUCUAAUAAAGGCAACCUACUUUUUA